AUGGCGGACAACGAGGACAGAAAAUCGGGCGGUACCUUCGAUCAGAAAGAAAAGAAUGCCGAAGACAACGCCGGAGCCACUGAGGACGCGCCGCCGAGGAGCACCAGGGAAGCACUGGGCAAGUCAAAAUCCCUGCCCGCGCUGGAACGGCCGAGCGCACGCAACAACACACGGAUCAGCCAGUCCGAGUCGAGCUUCAUCGCGUCGCUCAAGCAGCGCAGCGUUGUGCCCGAGGAACGCACGGUAAGGAGAUUCGGUGAAAUUAAACUGGUGCGGACGCUCUCGCAGCUGGUCGGCUCCGAGCACAGCUUCGUCGAGGAAGAAGGCGCCGAGGGGCAGGAGGCCGGCGAAGCUCCAGGGGAGACGCAGGCGGGAGACACACUGUCCUACAUGGACUUUCCCAGCACUAUCGGCACCGACACCAAGCUGGACGCCGAGCUCAGGCAUCCCGUGCGCAGCGCCGAAACUGUGGGCGAGGGCAAGACCGAGGACGCGCUGGUUGUGACGAGGCUCCAGGGGGAGGCGACCGUCGCACCGACAACCAUGGAAUCCAGUGUAGGUGAGCCCCAAAUCGCUAAAGUGCUUUCCGAUCUAGAGCGCGAAAAGAAACCCGUACUCACUAGCGCCGACGAGGUCACAGUGUACACGUCGUUCUCCGAUUCGUCUGCGCCCAAGCGGGAAGCAGACCACAAGUUGCCUUUCCCAAGUGAAGGCGCCGAAGAAGAAAUGGCCAAACUCACCGCCCCUGGCACCUCCCGGCCGGAUGUCAUCAAAUCCGCAGAGGAGGCGCACAGACCGGUGCCCUUCAAGACUCCCGAAGAAACAACCGCUGGUUCUGAAGUCGAAGACACCCUCGUCGAACGAGCAGGACUGGAUAAGCAAGUCGAGGAGUUGCCGUCGAAGACGAUGACGCGCGUCGAGACUGUCGAGCCUCGCGGAGACUGGGAAGGGCCCGCCGGAGAAAAGACUGAAGAGGAAACGGCGCUCAUCAAGCACCCUCCAAAGAGACGCGUCAGCACGCAAGUGUCUGAGAGCCAGGCAUCUGAGUGGCGCAUCGUUGAACGCCCCGUACCGUUUGGGAGUGAGGACCAACAAAUACGAACGAUGGACAAUCAGGUAUUGCGGGCGACCGAAGACCACCCUACAAUGGUUAGCCCGACAAUUGCAGAGAUCCUAAUGGAAGUUGAGCUUUCGGUCGAAUAUGAGAUGGAAGGACUUCCGGCCGUGAAGGAACCACAUGCCAUGCAAAAAUCCGAAUCCCGAGAACUAGCUGAGCCUUUUCCAACCUCUGUCGUUGAUACAGCAGAAGGUCCAGCAUUAGAAAGACAGAUUCCGGAAAUUGAAGCUGCAGUUACCGAAGCAACGACAGCUGAAGUAGCGAAGAGAGAAGAACCACUGCCUCCAACAGUCCCUGAGCCUUGUGAAGCACUCAGAGCAGCUCCCGGUGUACUUCAAGUAGAAACUGUAAAUACGAAAGAUGGAGCACUGGGGGAGACAGCACUACAAGAAAUCGAUGCAGACAAACAGCUGUCAUGCGUUAAGUCAACGCUAGCCGUUCAGCCCUACCCAGAUGAAGCUCCACCCAUAGCAUCUUACGACGAAACCACACCCUACAUCGAACCACUUGCUCCUCAGACACUGCUUACAGAAGCUCAAGAAUUAACACAAAAGCUUUCAGAAGGAAAGCUGAUGCUCCAUGAGGCCGGAGUAGAAGAGGUGUCAAAGGUAGAAGCAAUACCUCAAUCAGACACAACACUGCAAGUUCGGCGCCGUUCUUCAGUCUUGCCUCUAGCAGAAUUGAAUGUACCAGGGUCUCGCAGAAAAUCGUCAGACAGAGCGACAGUGGAAGCUGCUGAAAAAGAGCCCUCAUACAUCGACACCACACCAUCCCUCGAGUCUUACGCACAAGAAGCACUGCCGAUACCCCCUUACGAAGAGACCACGCCCUACAUAGAAUCGUUUCCUCCUGAAGCUCUCGAUACAAAAGAUCAAGAAUUGAAGCGAAAACGUUCGGAGGGUAAAGUGGUCCACCGGGAAGUCGGGGGUAAAGAAGAGAUUACAAAGGUCGAACCACCGUCUCCAUCACUCACCACAUUAAAAACGAGACGGCGUUCUUCAAUCAUGCCUCCAACAGCUGCGGUUGUACCAGGCUAUCGUAGAAAAUCUUCAGCCAGAGGAACAACAGAAGCUGCUGCAAAAGAACCAUCAUACAUCGAAACUACACCAUCGCUCGAGUCAUACCCACAAGAAGCACUGUCUAUGCAUUCUUACGAAGAGACCACGCCCUACAUAGAAUCGUUUCCUCCUGAAGCUCUCGUUACAAAAGAUCAAGAAUUGAAGCGAAAACGUUCGGAGGGUAAAGUGGUCCACCGGGAAGUCGGGGGUAAAGAAGAGAUUACAAAGGUCGAACCACCGUCUCCAUCACUCACCACAUUAAAAACGAGACGGCGUUCUUCAAUCAUGCCACCAACAGCUGCGGUCGUACCAGGCUAUCGCAGAAAAUCUUCAGCCAGAGGGACAGUAGAAGCUGCUGCCAAAGAACCAUCAUACAUCGAAACCACACCUUCCCUCGAACCAUACCCACAAGAAGCACUGCCUAUACCCUCUUACGAAGAGACCACGCCCUACCUAGAACCGUUUCCUCCUGAAGCUCUUGUUACAGACACUUCACUGCCAGGUCGGCGCCGUUCUUCAGUCCGGCCUCUAACAGAAUGGAUUGUACCAGGGUACCGCAGAGUAUCGUCAGACAGGGAGGCCGGAGAAGCCGCUAAAGAAGAGCCAUCAUACAUAGACACCACGCCUAUCCUCGAGUUCCACACACAAGAAGCACCGCCAAUACCCUCUUACGAAGAGACCACGCCCUACAUUGACUUCAGUCUUGCUACAGAUGAUGCAGAACUGAAGCGAAAGUAUUCAGAAGGUAAAGUUGGCCGUCACGAGGCAGGAGCUGAGGAAGUGGUGUCAAAGGUCGAACCAUCGCCUCCUUCAUUCACCACAUUGAAAAUGAGACGCCGCUCUUCAAUCAUGCCUCCAACAGCAGCGGUUGUACCAGGCUAUCGCAGAAAAUCUUCAACCAGUAGGACAGUAGAAGCUGCUGCAAAAGAACCAUCAUACAUCGAAACCACACCAUCCCUCGAGUCAUACCCACAAGAAGCACCGCCUAAGCCCUCUUACGAAGAGACCACGCCCUACCUAGAACCGUUUCCUCCUGAAGCUCUUGUUACAGACACUGCACUGCCAGUUCGGCGCCGUUCUUCAGUCCGGCCUCUAACAGAAUGGAUUGUACCAGGGUACCGCAGAGUAUCCUCAGACAGGGAGGCCGGAGAAGCCGCUAAAGAAGAGCCAUCAUACAUAGACACCACGCCUAUCCUCGAGUUCUACACACAAGAAGCUCCGCCAAUACCCUCUUACGAAGAGACCACGCCCUACAUUGACUUCAGUCUUGCUACAGAUGAUGCAGAACUGAAACGAAAAUAUUCAGAAGGUAAAGUGGUCCCUCACGAGGCAGGACCUGAGAAAGUGGUGUCAAAAGUCCAACCAUCGCCUCCUUCAUUCACCACAUUGAAAAUGAGACGCCGCUCUUCAAUCAUGCCUCCAACAGCAGCGGUUGUACCAGGCUAUCGCAGAAAAUCUUCAACCAGUAGGACAGUAGAAGCUGCUGCAAAAGAACCAUCAUACAUCGAAACCACACCAUCCCUCGAGUCAUACCCACAAGAAGCACCGCCUAAACCCUCUUACGAAGAGACCACGCCCUACCUAGAACCGUUUCCUCCUGAAGCUCUUGCUACAGACACUGCACUGCAAGUUCGGCGCCGUUCUUCAGUCCGGCCUCUAACAGAAUGGAUUGUACCAGGGUACCGCAGAGUAUCCUCAGACAGGGAGGCCGGAGAAGCCGCUAAAGAAGAGCCAUCAUACAUAGACACCACGCCUAUCCUCGAGUUCUACACACAAGAAGCUCCGCCAAUACCCUCUUACGAAGAGACCACGCCCUACAUUGACUUCAGUCUUGCUACAGAUGAUGCAGAACUGAAACGAAAAUAUUCAGAAGGUAAAGUGGUCCCUCACGAGGCAGGACCUGAGAAAGUGGUGUCAAAAGUCCAACCAUCGCCUCCUUCAUUCACCACAUUGAAAAUGAGACGCCGCUCUUCAAUCAUGCCUCCAACAGCAGCGGUUGUACCAGGCUAUCGCAGAAAAUCUUCAACCAGUAGGACAGUAGAAGCUGCUGCAAAAGAACCAUCAUACAUCGAAACCACACCAUCCCUCGAGUCAUACCCACAAGAAGCACCGCCUAAACCCUCUUACGAAGAGACCACGCCCUACCUAGAACCGUUUCCUCCUGAAGCUCUUGCUACAGACACUGCACUGCAAGUUCGGCGCCGUUCUUCAGUCCGGCCUCUAACAGAAUGGAUUGUACCAGGGUACCGCAGAGUAUCGUCAGACAGGGAGGCCGGAGAAGUCACUAAAGAAGAGCCAUCAUACAUAGACACCACGCCUAUCCUCGAGUUCUACACACAAGAAGCACCGCCAAUACCCUCUUACGAAGAGACCACGCCCUACAUUGACUUCAGUCUUGCUACAGAUGAUGCAGAACUGAAACGAAAGUAUUCAGAAGGUAAAGUGGUCCCUCACGAGGCAGGAGCUGAGAAAGUGGUGUCAAAAGUCGAACCAUCGCCUCCUUCGUUCACCACAUUAAAAAUGAGACGCCGCUCUUCAAUCAUGCCUCCAACAGCAGCGGUUGUACCAGGCUAUCGCAGAAAAUCUUCAACCAGUAGAACAGUAGAAGCUGCUGCAAAAGAACCAUCAUACAUCGAAACCACACCAUCCCUCGAGGCAUACCCACAAGAAGCACCGCCUAAACCCUCUUACGAAGAGACCACGCCCUACCUAGAACCGUUUCCUCAUGAAGCUCUUGCUACAGACACUGCACUGCAAGUUCGGCGCCGUUCUUCAGUCCGGCCUCUAACAGAAUGGAUUGUACCAGGGUACCGCAGAGUAUCAUCAGACAGGGAGGCCGGAGAAGCCGCAAAAGAAGACCCAUCAUACAUAGACACCACGCCUAUUCUCGAGUUCUACACACAAGAAGCACCGCCAAUACCCUCUUACGAAGAGACCACGCCCUACAUUGACUUCAGUCUUGCUACAGAUGACGCAGAACUGAAACGAAAGUAUUCAGAAGGUAAAGUGGUCCCUCAUGAGGCAGGAGCUGAGAAAGUGGUGUCAAAAGUCGAACCAUCGCCUCCUUCAUUCACCACAUUAAAAAUGAGACGCCGCUCUUCAAUCAUGCCUCCAACAGCAGCGGUUGUACCAGGCUAUCGCAGAAAAUCUUCAACCAGUAGGACAGCAGAAGCUGCUGCAAAAGAACCAUCAUACAUCGAAACCACACCAUCCCUCGAGUCAUACCCACAAGAAGCACCGCCUAAACCCUCUUACGAAGAGACCACGCCCUACCUAGAACCGUUUCCUCCUGAAGCUCUUGCUACAGACACUUCACUGCAAGUUCGGCGCCGUUCUUCAGUCCGGCCUCUAACAGAAUGGAUUGUACCAGGGUACCGCAGAGUAUCGUCAGACAGGGAGGCCGGAGAAGCCGCUAAAGAAGAGCCAUCAUACAUAGACACCACGCCUAUCCUCGAGUUCUACACACAAGAAGCACCGCCAAUACCCUCUUACGAAGAGACCACCCCCUACAUUGACUUCAGUCUUGCUACAGAUGAUGCAGAACUGAAGCGAAAGCAUUCAGAACGUAAAGUAGUCCGCCACGAGGCAGGAGCUGAGAAAGUGGUGUCAAAGGUCGAACCAUCGCCUCCUUCAUUCACCACAUUGAAAAUGAGACGCCGCUCUUCAAUCAUGCCUCCAACAGCAGCGGUUGUACCAGGCUAUCGCAGAAAAUCCUCAGCCAGAGGGACAGUAGAAGCUGCUGCAAAAGAACCAUCAUACAUCGAAACCACACCAUCCCUCGAGUCAUACCCACAAGAAGCACCGCCUAUACCCUCUUACGAAGAGACCACGCCCUACCUAGAACCGUUCCCUCCUGAAGCUCUUGCUACAGACACUGCACUGCAAGUUCGGCGCCGUUCUUCAGUCCGGCCUCUAACAGAAUGGAUUGUACCAGGGUACCGCAGAGUAUCGUUAGACAGAGAGGCCGGAGAAGCCGCUAAAGAAGAGCCAUCAUACAUAUCAACCACGCCAAUCCUCGAGUUCUACACACAAGAAGCACCGCCAAUACCCUCUUACGAAGAGACCACGCCCUACAUUGACUUCAGUCUUGCUACAGAUGAUGCACAACUGAAGCGAAAGUAUUCAGAAGGUAAAGUGGUCCCUCACGAGGCAGGAGCUGAGAAAGUGGUGUCAAAAGUCGAACCAUCGCCUCCUUCGUUCACCACAUUAAAAAUGAGACGCCGCUCUUCAAUCAUGCCUCCAACAGCAGCGGUUGUACCAGGCUAUCGCAGAAAAUCUUCAACCAGUAGGACAGUAGAAGCUGCUGCAAAAGAACCAUCAUACAUCGAAACCACACCAUCCCUCGAGGCAUACCCACAAGAAGCACUGCCGAUACCCUCUUACGAAGAGACCACGCCCUACCUAGAAUCAUUUCAUCCUGAAGCUCUUGUUACAGAAGAUGAAGAAUCAAAGCGAAAACGUUCAGAAGGUAAAAUGGUCCACCGCGAAGUCGGGGCUAAAGAGAUUACAAAGGUCGAACCACCGCUUCCUUCACUCACCGCAUUGAAAACGAGACGCCGUUCUUCAAUCAUGCCUCCAACAGCUGCGGUUGUACCAGGCUAUCGCAGAAAAUCUUCAGCCAGAGGGACAGUAGAAUCUGCUGCAAAAGAACCGUCAUACAUCGAAACCACACCAUCCGUCGAGUCAUACCCACAAGAAGCACUGCCUAUACCCUCUUACGAAGCGACCACGCCCUACCUAGAAUCGUUUCCUCCUGAAGCUCUUGUUACAGAAGAUCAAGAAUUGAAACGAAAACGUUCGGAGGAUAAAGUGGUCCUCCGGGAAGUCGGGGUUGAAGAAGAGAUUACAAAGGUCGAACCACGGCCUCCAUCACUCACCACAUUGAAAACGAGACGCCGUUCUUCAAUCAUGCCUCCAACAGCUGCGGUUGUACCCGGCUAUCGUAGAAAAUCUUCAGCCAGAGAGACAGUAGGAGCUGCUUCAAAAGAACCAUCAUACAUCGAAACCACACCAUCCGUCGAGUCAUACCCACAACAAGCACUGCCUAUACCCUCUUACGAAGCGACCACGCCCUACCUAGAAUCGUUUCCUCCUGAAGCUCUUGUUACAGAAGAUCAAGAAUUGAAGCGAAAACUUUCGGAGGAAAAAGUGGUCCUCCGGGAAGUAGGGGUUGAAGAAGAGAUUACAAAGGUCGAACCACCGCCUCCAUCACUCACCACAUUGAAAAAAAGACGCCGUUCUUCAAUCAUGCCUCCAACAGCUGCGGUUGUACCCGGCUAUCGUAGAAAAUCUUCAGCCAGAGAGACAGUAGAAGCUGCUGCAAAAGAACCAUCAUACAUCGAAACCACACCAUCCGUCGAGUCAUACCCACAAGAAGCACUGCCUAUACCCUCUUACGAAGCGACCACGCCUUACCUAGAAUCGUUUCCUCCUGAAGCUCUUGUUACAGAAGAUCAAGAAUUGAAGCGAAAACGUUCGGAGGAAAAAGUGGUCCUCCGGGAAGUCGGGGUUGAAGAAGAGAUUACAAAGGUCGAACCACCGCCUCCAUCACUCACCACAUUGAAAACGAGACGCCGUUCUUCAAUCAUGCCUCCAACAGCUGCGGUUGUACCCGGCUAUCGUAGAAAAUCUUCAGCCAGAGAGACAGUAGAAGCUGCUGCAAAAGAACCAUCAUACAUUGAAACCACACCAUCCCUCGAGUCAUACCCACAAGAAGCACUGCCUAUACCCGCUUACGAAGAGACCACACCCUACAUAGAAUCGUUUCCUCCUGAGGCUCUCGUUACGGAAGAUCAAGUAUUGAAGCGAAAACGUUCGGAGGAAAAAGUGGUCCUCCGGGAAGUCGGGGCUGCAGAAGAGAUUACAAAGGUCGAACCACCGCCUCCUUCACUCACCGCAUUGAAAACGAGACGCCGUUCUUCAAUCAUGCCUCCAACAGCUGCGGUUGUACCAGGAUAUCGAAGAAAAUCUUCAGCCAGAGAGGUAGCAGAAUCUGCCGAAAAAGAACUGACAUACGUCGAAACCACGCCAACCCUCGCGUUCUACCCGGAAGAAGCACCGUCGAUACCUUCGUACGUAGACACGACACCGUACACAGAUGGAUAUCCUCCUCAAGAAAUUCCCACAGAUGCUGUGAAACUGCAGCCGAAACCUUUCGCUAGCAUGCCCGAACUUCGAGAAGCAAUGCCUGUCGAAGAGCCGUCCAAGCAUGAAGCGAUGAUUUCUGCACCACUUUCAAGGGAAUUGCAGCAUCCUUCCUCUGGUACGCCGCCAUCGACCGCCCUUGUCUCUUUGUACCAGUAUAAGUCACGAGUCGAAGAGAUAAUCGAGGGACCUGUUGCAGUGAAAGCAGAAGGUGCCAUCACUGAGUUGAUAGCACCUCAAGUGCCAACUACUGUAGAUGCAGGCGCCGUAAUAGAUUCGUACGUCGGAACCACGCCAGCCCUCGAAUCCUUUCGACAAGAAGCUCCGCCCAUUCCCUCUUACGAAGAGACGACACCCCACAUCGAAUCAUUUGCCCCUGAAGCUAUUGCUGCAGAUGAUCUAGGAUUGAAGCGAAAACAGUCAGAACGUAAAGUAAUUCACCAUGAGGCCGGGGCUGAAGAAAAGGUAUCAAAAGUCGUAGCGCUGCCUCCCUCGGCCGCUGCAUUUAAAAUGAGGCGCCGUUCUUCAGUGAUGCCUCCAACAGAUUCGGUUGUACCUGGGUAUCACACAAAAUCUUUAGCCAGAGAAGCAGCAGAAGCCGCUGCAAAAGAACCAUCAUACACCGAAACCACGCCAGCCCUCGAGUCCCACCCACAAAAAGCUCCGCCUAAAUCUUCCUAUGCGGAGACAUCUUAUAUUGAAUCUUUACCGUCUGCGUCUUCCGUGGUAGAAGCUAAAGCGCUUGGACUCCCGGUAUCUGUGGAGGAAGGGCCUGCACUUGAUCUGCGCAAGGUGUCUUCUGUCGUUCAGGAGUGGGCUCUGAUGGAGAUAAGGCCCCCAACUGGCACCGAAAUCACCGAAAAGAAAGAAACCCGGCUCGCAGUUGUUGAUCGCGAGGAGGUUGAAGGACGUGUUGUGCCGGCCUUUCAAGCGGGAGAGUCAGCGGAGGGGUCUUUGGUUGCUUUCCCUACGUCUGCUCAGGAGAAACCCUCCACGGGUGGCAUCUUUUCGCACGUCUCAAUGCCGUCUUCUCGCAAGCGGUCGCGGCAGGUGAGCGAUGUUACGGGCUUGAAGCACGCGCAAAGGGCCACGCAGCAGGGAGGAGAGGAAAUCACAGUAACUGUGCCCGAUUACGAAGCUGAUCACGAAGAGCUGCCGUCAAGUACUGGAACACAGUCUUCCCAGGAAGAAGAAGAGCUCGGGAAGGGCGUGAGGAAGGAAAAGGUGGCACUAACUCUCUAUGACGAGAAGGCACCAACUGUUGUUCUGGAGGCGAAAAAACAUGCAGAAAGGCUUGCGCCAGAAGAAGCACGUAUCAAGUCUGUCGUUUUGAAGCCGGAAGUGAAGGAAUCACAACCGUUUGUGCCUAUGCCAGAGGAGGCAUCGUCCUUAGUCGAACUUGCACAGCCGCUCGUCCUCAGGCCUGAAUCUGUGAUGACCCCAGCAGAGCAGCCGCUUUCGGCAGGUGAGCUUCUGCCAUCUACUCAUCAGGUCGUAUCUGGAGAAAAAGCUGUGGCAGAAUGGAAACCCGCAGCAGUCAUCUCCGUUACGCCUGAGCCGGCCGAAUUGUCCGAAAGCGUUGCGCGCCCUGUCGCCGAAGAAACAUCAAGAAUUCCUGGCGAAGUCGUUGAAGUGGGAGAGUUAGAAAAAGAAAGGCCUAAAUUUGCGCCCGUACCCAAACCGCCAGAUUCUGUCUCCGAGCUCCCGGAACAAGGCGUUUACGCGACUGUGAUCUCUCCUAAACGUGAUGAACCCCUCAGAGUUUUUGCGGGGAUACAUGCCAUCACAGAACCUAAAAAAGUGCCGCCUGCUGGUGCGAUAGAACGAACGCAUGACAUUUCGGCACCGUGGUCAACAAGGUCGAGCGUCGCUGCCGCGGAAGAGGCUUCCAGGGGCCGUGCGGCCUGGGAGAAGGAGCUGACCAGAGCGGCUGGUGCCGACCGCCGAAUUGAGCGUCUCCACGAAAAGAAGACCGCCAAAUACUCGGUCAUUAUCAAGGAUGGACAACCGGUGAGAAGCAUCUCCAGCUCGUCGGAGUUCACAGAACCUGUAAAAGAAGACUUCACAGAUAAUCUGGCCUAUCAAUACGUAGCCAGCGAGGAACAGGUACUGGAGAGGAUCGUCACACUUGGCGACACCGCGCCUACUGCCGUGACACCUCACCCGCCCUCGGACAAUCAGCCUCCCGGAGCGGGUACCAAGGGUGAUGCAUCAGGACCCCAUACAUUGCCACCAAGACCAGAUCGGUCCGAGCCCAAACAAAGAGAAGAACCGCACAGCGAAGGGCCCACGUCCGAACCGGAAUUUGAACGGAAAGAAGCAGCGCCAUUCACGAACGUUCCCGAUGAAAUGGUGGCCGCAUCAGUUCAAGCGGUGGUACAGGAGGACAAGCAGGGGUCAUCGUACGAAAUAGGUAUUCCAAUCGACGAGCAAACGGAGUUUCCUACGAUGAGAGAGGACCUAGAGAAGGAAGACCAGCAGCCAGAGGAAACGACGGCGGACGCUGGUUUUGAAGAAUUUUCUGCUGCAGGCCACGCAGAAAAGGUCCCUAAAGCCGGGCAAAGUACUGUGGAGUCUUCGACAGCUUUGGAAAGCAGCGAGCAACCAUUGGCACUUGAAUACCUUCCUGCACAGGUAGACACACAUGUAUCCACGACCCAGACACCUUCUGGAAUGCCUCUGUUAGCCCAGCUUGUUAAGAUGCAAGACGAGACAACAUUUGAGCCUGAGAAAGAUGUACCGACGAUACAGGCUUUCGAAAAAGAUUAUAUGAUCCCCACGGCGAGUCAACGGUCUGACCAAGAAGAAGCUCGUAUAUUGACCGCAGCGCCAGAAAAGAUCGCCGUGGAAACGACAAAGCUCCAGAAGCUAGAAUCUGGCCCUGAGCUACCUCAGAUAGAGCACAUUUUUUCCCGGGCAGCUGUAGUUGAAGAGAAACCAAACACCGAUACUGAGCUGACGGCACUGGUCGUAUUACCUCAGCAGAAAGUAAAGGACGAAAUACGCCACGAGGAAGCCGCUGGUCAGCCUGACAUAACCACUGCCACCGUUCCGGAAAAUGAUGUCCUUCGGUACGCUCUGAUCGAGCAAAACUAUGUCGAGCCUACGUGCCCUCCGCAACCAGUAAUUGCAGUUGAAGAUGAAAUACCGGCGCUAGAAGCAAUCUCUGAGAGGGCUCAACCACAGCUGGUUCAAGUACCUGCGCACGCGGAGGCUCUUGCGGAAGCUGCAUUAUAUGUUCACCCGGCGUUAACGGAGCCUCAAGAACGUGCAGCGUUCGGUGAAAUAACCACUAUAGCUGAAGUUAGACAAAGUGGUUUAGAGCCCACAAAAGACACGCCGCAGGUUGACGAUCAUGCCCCAGUGCAGGCAACAGAGGGAGAACGGAGGGAGCUGCGACCAACGAUUGCCGAAAGCGAAGAAUUCAAAAUAUACCAGCCAGCCGAGCUAGUACUUUCCGAAGUCGUUGAGAAGCCAUCCCAAGCCUUGGUUCCCCGAACGGCGCAGAAACAGAUGAGUGAAGCGCCGAGUAUUGGUGCCGCAGACGUAGAAGCCACGAAACAGCAAACUGCAGCAAUACUUUUCAUCGAAGCGCCAGCUGGAGUUACAGCAAGCCGGUCUGAAAAAGAAGCCCCUGUAAAACAAGUCUCUCCGGUGGCAGCCGAAGAGCAGAUGAGGUGCACUUACAGAGAAGCACUUACAGAGCCAACUUUUCGGCCAGCCAUCACAGGACCUGUCGAAGAACCAAAAGGCGAGGUUACUUCUGACACUAUCCCGUCCAUGGAACGCAUACCUGGGGCACCAGCAGCGGUUACUACCGGCGCACUCGUACCCCGAAUCGAAUCUGCGCUAGACGUCCACGCUACUCAGGGCGCCGACCUAACGGCCACUCAAAGCGAGCGCUGGUCAGUGCAAGCGCUGAGAGCGAGACCUUCCGUACAGCCAGGAGGAGCACUGGCAGGCGCUGCUCAAGUUAAGGAAGAAGUCACUGCUGAAGACUAA